AUGCAAAAUGAGCAGCAGAAGACAGUGCAGAAGACACAGAGGGCUCUUGGCCUGAGCCACGAGGAUUUGAAGAUGUCUGCGUGCAGUGACUUUGUGGAACACGUUUGGAAGCCUGGCUCCUGCAAAAACUGCUUCAACUCAAAGAGUUCCCAUCGACUGCAAAUAGCCCUAGACGUGGGAGCUUGCGGUGUGCUCCCGAAUGGAGUUAGGACUAAGGCUGAGAACCCUUCACUGGAAGACGAAGGUGUAAAUACUUCCCCUUUCUCAAAGCCAACAAUCGCUGUGAAGCCAACUAUGAUAAAUUCAGAUGUUUCUGACACGUGGGCGGAUGUGAAUAUGAAUGCAGAUCUGUCACAGGUCAGCUGGGGCAUGGUUUCUGGCAAGCAGCGCCUUCUGAAAUCGGGGGAUGCGCAGCGGAUCUGCCUUGACAAUUUUGGCAAUGGUGGUGUGAGAAAGCCCUUCCUUCACAACCCAUCCAGUGACUGCUUGGCUUGCUGCCCUCCUAGCUACUCCAUGGUGGGUCUGCGUAGCCUAGAGAGUCGAGUGGAGAGAAAUGUCUCCAUCCACAGCCUUGUGCUUGUGGGUGAGGUGGGCAAGCAGGAGGACAGAGCCAAAGACAAGUUUGCCCUGCCGCAUUGGGCUCCCUCCCCUAAUCCAUCUUCCUUGGGGGACAGAAACACUGUGAACUCCAGCAGAAACCCUUCUUCCCAAGCCAGAGAAGGAGUAGUGCUCCCCUUGGAGGGUGACUGCAAUCGCCUCUGCUCUGAUUUUGAAAGUGAAGGGGGUGAGUACUGUUCAAUCACGGACUGCCACAGCCAGUGCCCUGUCUCAUGGGAGCCGCACCACGCGGAGGGGAAGCGUGCCUGGUGCGAGAAGGAGAGCUCGGCUCCCUGUGGACAGAGGCAGCAAGAUGCUCCUGAGAUUGCCAGGCCAAGUGGCAGGGCAGUCAAGUUUGGUGAAGAGGAAGGUAGAACUGUGAAUGUGGCCUUCUGCAUCACAAAAGACCAGGGUGAUCCUCUCUCCUAUGCUUUGUGUUCAGAGAGGAAAAAGCUGGCUCUCCCCAGUAAGACUCCUGCCCUUCUUGAAAGCAUGGGGAGCAGCAAGGUCUCUGCCUUUGCUUCAUCCUGGCAUGAUGAGGACUUGCCUCUCUCUGGAGAGCCCUCUGUCACCAGAGACUCCCAGCCUGAGGCUUUGAGCACCAGUCAGCAGGCUCUAGGGGAGCCGCAGCAUCCUCACCUUGCUGAUCCAGCCUAUGGUGAUCCCAUCUAUGCCGAGAGCACCAAGAGGAAGAAGGUGCAGCUGAAGGCUGUCAGUGGACAGGCAAAAGUGGAGAAACUGGCCCGUGGCACUGGCAAGGAGCAAGCUGAUGGGAUAAGGACAGAUGGCAGCUGGGCUUUGGGAGAGAAGGAAUACCAGGACUCCACUGGCCAGGUGGCGGCAAAGAUCACUGUAAUGACAGCACACACCGAGGAUGAUCACAAGACGAUAUUCCUCAGCAGCCCUGACUCAGCUGUAGGAGUUCAGUGGCCAUGUAUCAGCCCUACUUCCCACCCCGAUUUUGGGACUUCAGCACCUAGCAUUGAGCCUGGAGAGAUUUUUCAAGCACCUGGAAGUGAAAGCAGCCCAAGAUUUCCUCUGGCAGCUCCCACUAAGACCUCAGUUACUGAGAGUCCUGCCAUUCCUCCAAAGAUGUCAAAAAACAGCCAACCAGGCAGUGAGGGGAACCAUGUCCCCUCAGUAAGCUCCCAGGCAAGGUUUGGUGAUGACAACAGCCAUGACAGAGCUGGCAUUCAGCUGCCAAGGAGCUAUACUGAUACAGGAACCUUUGGGGCGUCUCCUUCUCCAUGCACUCAUAUCAAUGGGGUCUCUGUGGAUGAGAUCAACAGGGGCCUGGCAAGUACAUCCUAUGACAGAAGGCAGAAAUACUACACCCCAACAUGGACUAAGCAGUGCCGGAUAGAGGAGGAGGAGGAGGAACAGGAGGAAGAGCAGGAGCUCUUAACCCACACAUGGGCAAUGGGAGCUGAGAAUGGAAGAGCUAGUGUUGACCUUGUGGAUGGUGGCCCGACGGUGGAGAGCCAAACUGGGAUCAGCAAAUCAUCAUCUUUCUCCUUUGAUUACCCUAAAGAUAAGAGUAAUGGUGUGGAGUUUGCACCACCACCACCACCACCAAAGAAGCAGUCCAGGGGCGCUCUGAAAAUGAACCCAAAUAACACUGAGUUGGAGAGGGUCAGCAACAGCUCUGCUGAGAGCCUCAGCCCACCUUUCAGGAGCGUCCAUGUCAGCUUCAUAGCUGGCUCCAGUGACAGCCUUGACUCAGACACACAGACCGGCAGUGAUGGCAGGCAUUCAUCUGAGCUGAACCACUCAUCCCCUCCAGCUGAGAGCCAAGUGUUUCCCUCUGUCCCUUUCCUUCCCGACUCUGGUGAUGACAAUCCCUCCUCUGCUCCCAGCUGCCCUCCCCCUCUGCCCCAGAAGAAGACAGUGAGCAGAACUGUGUCCUCCCCAGAUGGCUUUUUUGGGGGACAGGUGUCUUCAGGUAGAGCAGCCGAUGCUGCCAGCCCCAGGCUGAAUGUCAGCCACUCUGAGAGCAAUGUCUGCUUCCGAGAGGAGCCUCCCUUCAUCCACCCAACCAGCCUGGGGGGACGCCCCAGCGCCUUUUCUUCUUCUGAGUCCCUGGAGAAAGGCUCCAAAGGAAAUGGCUACUGGGGUUCAGCCACUGGUAAGAGCACAGGGGCUUGCACCCCCAGCAGAAACCUCCAGAACCUUUCCUCCUCACAGCUCAGUGUGUCCAGCCAGGUGUCAUCAGGCUCUAGCCUCCAACUCCACAACCUCCUGAGCAACAUGGACAGCAAGGAGGGGGUGUAUGCCAAGCUGGGGGCCCUCUACGCCGAGUCCCUGCGCCGCCUGGUUGCCAAAUGUGAGGACUGCUUCAUGAGGGAGCAGAAGAACGAGCUGCGCUUCAGUGAGAACAACUGGUCACUGUUCAAGCUGGCAUGUAACAAACCCUGCUGUGAUUCAGGAGAUGCAAUAUAUUACUGUGCCACCUGCUCCAAGGACCCUUCUACCACCUAUGCUGUAAAGAUUUGUAAAACCCAAGAGUCCAAGGUGGCUGCUUCGUAUAGCAGCCCUGCAGUGCCAGUCCACUUCAACAUCCAGCAAGACUGUGGCCAUUUUGUGGCCUCUGUCCCCUCCAGCAUGCUGCUGGCCUCAAAUGUGGGGAAAAGCAUGCCUGGGGAUGGCCUUCAUCCCACCCGCACUGCCAGUGAGCAUGACUGUGUGGUGGUCAUUACCCGGGAGGUGCCGAGCCAGACCACUGCUGAUUUUGUGAGGGACUCGGUGACGCUGCACCAAGCCAAGCCCGAGCUGUAUGAACGUCGUGUUUGCUUCUUGCUCCUGCAACUCUGCAAUGGCCUGGAGCAUCUCAAAGAGCAUGGCAUUAUCCAUCGUGACCUGUGCCUGGAGAACCUCCUGCUUGUUCCUUGCAAGCCCCCCAUGAUCUGUGUGAAAGCCAAAGAUGACAAACACUUACCCCGCCUCAUCAUCAGCAAUUUUUUGAAAGCCAAACAGAAGCCAGGAACUGGAGACUCCAAACUGAAGAAGAGUCAGGCCCGGCUGGCUCCAGAGAUUGUAUCGGCUUCUCAGUACAAGAAGUUUGAUGAGUUUCAGACUGGUAUUCUCAUCUAUGAGCUGCUGCACCAGCCCAACCCAUUUGAGGAGAAGGUUCACCUCAAGGAGCAGGAGUACAGCCCUGAGGAUCUCCCUGCUCUGCCCAGCCUGUCCAUCUACUCCCGGGGGCUCCAGCAGCUGGCCCACCUGCUACUAGAAGCAGAUCCCAUCAAACGUGUGCGGAUCACUGAGGCCAAGCGGAUGCUGCAGUGUCUCCUUUGGGGCCCCCGGAAAGACCUCACUGAGCAGCCCUUCAGCCAUGAGGAAGCCCUCUGCCGGGUGCUUCAGAACUGGGUGGACAUGAAGCGUGCCCUCCUCAUGAUGAAGUUUGCAGAGAGGGCUGUGGACACAGAGCGGAGCAUUGAACUGGAGGACUGGCUGUGCUGCCAGUACCUAGCGUCUGCUGAGCCAGCCUCCCUCUCGCACACACUAAAACUGCUGCAGCUGCUCUGA